GAGAGCCCUCAAUCUCCGAUACCUCGUCUCCCUCAAUUCGGUAGAAAAACGAUGUCGGCUUCAGAGCUUGCUUGCACCUACGCCACACUGAUCCUCCAUGACGAAGGCAUCCCCGUCACUGCCGAGAAGAUUGCAACCUUGGUGAAAGCCGCUAACGUCCCUGUCGACUCUUACUGGCCCAGCCUCUUCGCCAAACUUGCCGAGAAGAGAAACAUUGAAGAUCUUGUCCUGAAUGUUGGCUCUGGCGGUGCAGUUUCUGUAGCUGCCCCAGGUGUUGCCGAAGCUGCCGCCCCUGCUGCUGCUCCUCCACCAGAGGAUAAGAAGAAGAAGGAAGAACCCGAGGAAGAGAGUGACGACGACUGUCCAAUUUUCGAUUUGUUCACUUAGGAUCUCCUUUGAAACAAGACAUUGACGUCCAAUUUUCAAUUAGUUUGCUGGUUUUUACUACUUAGUUUGAGAUUAGUUACCUAAUGAUGAAUAUUGUAGUAGGGCUUUCAUAAUUUCCUUUUUGCUUAUGAUACGUAUUGCUAUAUGGACAAAUUGUUGUUCUUUUUUGGUCAAUAUAAAUAUAUAAUGAAGAACUAAA